ACAGCCAAUGAACACAAACAGGCGACACAAUCUCGCGAUACUUUGGGUUUGGCGGGCGCGAGAUUUAACUAAUACUGUGCGUUGUUGACACUUACUGGAUUCAUCAGUAAACAUCUCAACAAACAUCUGCCGCAUUAACUCUUUACCUCUUAAAUAGAAGAGAGCUGUGUGGUGUUCGACAGACAUUAAACGGGGAGAUACGAUAAGUCUUUAAGAGUUAAGUUUAUACGUUGUGUAGGGUUUUUUUUGGUAGGUUAGGUUAGGUUAAGUUGGUUGAGAGUUUGUUGAGCUACUUUUUUUAUUCGUCUAAUGUUUAAUCAUUCUCGCGGCUCUUCUAUCUGUCAGUGUGUGUGUGUGUGUGUGUGUGUGUGUGUGUGUGAGAGAGAGAGCACACAGUCCAGCAUCACCACCGCGCAGAGCUGUUAAAAUGAUAGUUAACGCUAGGCUGUAAUAUUGCUAGCUCAUUAAAUAGGGACAGAUAGGAGACUGUGGGGCUGUGAUGGAUUUAAAGCCCUCGACCGCGGUCAGUGUUAAUGCUGUGCCCCCAUACGGACAUCUCAUCAUCAGCUCCAAGUGGAGGGGCUCUACUCUAGUUCAGCAUUUUAAAGGCAGUGUGAGUCUCAUCUAUGAAGAAGAGCUUGGUGUUGUAGACAUCCACCUCAGUAACAGAAGUUGCAUCCUGUAUGUGUCAGAAAGUGAUCAGAUUGCUGGAACUGACUAUAAGAGGAAAAUUGUCAGAUUCAGGAAUUCAAACAGCAAACUACAAGGGAUUGUUCUUGUGGAGAAAACCCGUCUCAGUGAGCAGUACUUUAGUGGACUGCAGAAGUUUGUGGUGUUGGAGCUGGGCUUAACCUUGCUGCCUGUUUCCAGCCCUGCUGAAGCAGCCCAACUCAUUGAGCGAAUGGUACAUGUAGAAGGCAAGGAGAACCCAUUCCGAAAGAGAAGCAUGUCCAGACUGCUAGACCCAGUGGUGUUUGACAUGGUGCAGCUGAUCCCUGGGGUUGGCAAAGUGAAGGCCGUGGCCCUGCUAGAGCAAUUCCCCAGCGUCUAUGAAAUCAAUAAUGCUUCAGUCCAGGAGCUUGAGUCUGUUGUAGGGCAUUCUGCGGCUCAGCGUAUCUGGAGUUUUUUCCACAGUCCGUUUAACUGAUAUUACACCAAGACUUGUGUAACAGGAAACUCACCUGGUCACUGUUAAGUAAAAACAUUAACUGGAUGCAAAACAUGUAUUCUAAAAUCAUUUAUUUAUAUAACAGGACAGGCUCUACAUAUGGAAGCCCAUUUCCGCCACCUGAAGAAGAAAAAAACGUCCUCA